AUGACACAGGUUAACGACGAAUCCUUAUCGAUGUUUUUUGAUUCGGAUUUUAACCCGUCUAAUUACGUUGAUGCUCUAUUUCAAUCAAUAUCAAAUAAUAAGCUGCAAUCACAGAUUUAUUCGAAGAACAAUCUCCAAAGCUUAUCGAACAAAUGCUCAAAUUUAGUAACACAUCUUGACUACCAUACCAGUGAAUUGUCAAAUGAUUUGAUUAGUCAAAUUGAAACCUUACAAAAUUCUUCAAAGAUAAUCACGCAGGGCUUGAAUAACGAUGAAGUCUUGAAUGCCCUGAAUGACAUGACCAGAUUACAAUACUUUAUAAAUACCUUGAACAAUUCUAUAUUAUUAUUACAAACCGAUAUAAAACAAGUCAAUGAGGAGUUGAACGUAAAUAAUGAAUCCCAACCGGAAUCGAUUAAUAGCUUAAUAAAAUUGAAAGGUAUCAAGAAUAACCUAAAUCAAGUGUUGGUCAUUUUUGAAAGGCUUAACUCAAUUACCAUGAACAACCCAGAUUCAACAACAGUUGAAUCAUUUCAAAGCUCACUUAAUACGUUAUACGAAACUAUAAGAAAUCAGUUAACUAAUGAAGAGAAUGAAAUCAAUCAGCUUCUAGUCACAAAUAUCAAAGAGCUAAUCAAUUUAUUACCAUUUUUUCAAAAUUUAACAAACUUCUAUCCUAUUUAUAAAAAAUUUACCAAUAAAUUAAAUAUUGAUUUAGAUCACUAUUUAAGUACAAAUAAGCAUAGCUGA